AUGAGUCGGCAAAACCACUUGGGGAUAAUUUGCGUGGAUGUCAGCGAACUGCUGAAGGCACACCAGCGCCGGAAGGUGGAGCGGCGUGACAACAUGUUGCUAUACAAAGGCUCGUACCUCAUCACGAACCCGGUGCCUUCAGCGACGCCGCCGCCAUCGUCGGUUGGACGUACCCCGUCCAACUCCCCGCCACGUGGAACUUCCGUCAGUAGCUCCGUGAGAAGGAAGAGCCGGAGCCCUCGGCGGAGACGCUGCAGCGGAUCGAGACGGCGGCGCCACAGACGGACACCUAGCCCCGGCAAGGAGGACCACCACCCCGACGAUGCUUCUGGGGCGAAGGCGAAGGCGAUGCCGCCGAUCCCCGGCGCUCUCCCCGCGCAGGGGAGGGCGGGCGAACUCACCGUGAGCGCCGGGUACAGCAGCGAGGUGGGCGUUUGGAGGCCAAAGCUGCACUUCCAAGUUCCGCCUGAUGAGUCUCAGAGCGCCGGCUCCUCUUUCGCGCCGUGGCGCAGUGCUCAACAGCAAUUGCCAUUGAUGGGCGGCCCAGAUUUCGAGACGCUGGUGCCUUUUUCACCAACGCCGGCUGCCUCGUCGCAAGAUGCAUCUCGGCCGAAGCAGCACGACCCUCGAGAAUACGACAGCCAGCCACUACUAUCGUCGCCCCUAUCCAGGCAAAAAGAGGUGGAAAACGCGCGUCCGCGCGAAUGGGCGUCAGCGCUGUCUGAUUCUGCCAGUCGGGGACUCGACCGUGUCAUGGAGUCCCUGCAACGGCGCGUUUGGGAAAAGAGUCCAGUCUCCUAUCAACCUUCCUUGAGCAUCAACAGAUCCAGCGAUCGUCACUCCGCGGAUAGGCGUGGGGAUCCGGAGGGCGGCACCGAAAUUGAUUCUCUGUCGGGGCUUGGCCCACCUGGUGUCAUGGGUGGGAAUCCCGGCCAGAAAACGUGGGGAUCGCCGCGCCCGUUGCACAAGAGGCCAACCGUGCGUCACGUAAAGCCUGAUGCGGAGCUAGUCACCCGUUCCUGUUUGCUGCGUGACAGCCGCGGGACGGAACGAGUGAUGCUUCUAGGUGUAGUUCCAACGUUGCCGAAGCCCGUUGUGCAGUUUCCUCCUGCGGCACGCGGAAGGGCGGCAGUGCCGACGUUGCCGCCCGCAUUUAGACGCGCUGCGCGAGCCAUGGUAACCCCCACAAAGAGACCCAAACGCUUCUGA